GAGUGGCAGCUCCAGGCCUCCCCUGGGCUCCCUUAUUGGGCCGAGCUGCAACCGCCAGCAGCCCCUGGUUUGGGACGCGAGCCUGGAGACUCGGUUCCGGAUCCUGGGAGUUCCACCCGAUGUGCAAGCGGGUCCAUCUUCGCCGCGCCCCGGGCCAAUUGCUGAGAUCUCCGUCCGGUCCCCUUUCCUCUGUGAUCCCUCCGGUCUGCAGAGCGUCCCUGUCUCCCCUGGCUGUCUCCGCCUGUCAUUCACUCACCUCUCUGGCUUUGGAGCCUCUGUGUCCUCCCUUCCUUUGAGCCCUAGACCAGCAAGGACCUUUCAUACAGAUAGGUCUCUUCUCCACCCCUCCCUUCUCAAUUUCUGCAUGCUAUUUCAACCUUAGUGACUAUUCCCUUUAAGCUUCCUGUACCCCAAAGUCUUGAUACUUCUGUCUCCCUGUGUUUAACCCUCGUGCCAUCGUGUCCUGAUCUCCAAACUCCAGAACUUCCUGACCCCUUGACUUCUAACCCUCAACACUCCUUUCCUUCCGUUCCUCUUGAACUUGAGCCUUUCCUGACUUCCACCCUCCCUCCUUCCUCCACACGCCCCAUCCCCACAACCCCCCAACUCUUCCCUCAACCUAGCAUCUAUCCCUUUGUCGACUUCUUGACUUCUGGUCCAGCUCCUACAGCCUGCCAGGAGCCAUGGACUUCCUGCUGAGUGGCCUGGCAGCCUGUGGAGCCUGUGUGUUCACCAACCCUUUGGAGGUGGUGAAAACCCGAAUGCAAUUGCAGGGCGAGCUCCAGGCACGAGGCUCUUACCAGCGACACUACCGAAAUGUCUUCCAUGCCUUCUUCACCAUUGGGCAAGUGGAUGGGUUGGCUGCCCUGCAGAAGGGCCUGGCCCCUGCCUUAGUAUACCAGUUCUUAAUGAAUGGCAUAAGGCUGGGGACUUAUGGGCUGGCUGAAGCUGGGGGUUAUCUCCUUGACUCCAAUGGGAACCACAGCCCUGGCCGUAGUGCUGCUGCCGGAGCCCUUGCUGGAGUUAUGGGUGCCUACAUAGGGAGCCCCAUCUACAUGGUGAAGACACAUCUGCAGGCACAAUCAGCCUCUGAGAUUGCAGUUGGGCAUCAAUAUAAGCAUCAGGGCAUGUAUCACGCACUCUCUGUGAUUGGAAGAAAGCAGGGCCUGGGGGGUUUAUGGAGAGGGGCAUUGGGAGCACUCCCUCGAGUUAUGGUCGGCUCCUCCACUCAGCUCUGCACCUUCUCAUCUAUCAAAGAUCUUGUGACCCAGUGGGAGGUAUUUCCACCACAGAGCUGGAAGCUGGCUCUGGUCUCAGCUAUGGUGAGUAGCUUAGCUGUUGUCUUCACCAUGACACCUUUCGACGUAGUCAGUACCAGGCUCUACAACCAACCCACAGAUGCUCGUGGCAAGGGUCUGAUGUACCGGGGACUACCAGAUGCAGUGAUGCAAACAAUUCGGACUGAAGGCAUUUGGGGCAUGUAUAAAGGCAUGGGUGCUUCCUACUUCCGACUUGGCCCCCAUACCAUUCUCUCACUCUUCUUCUGGGACCAGCUUCGAUUUCUUUACCAGAAACACAAUCAGUGACCCCUCCCCAACUCCAAAUUUUCCCUCAACACACUCCAUAUGAGAAGGACUGUCCUCACCCUUGAUCUGAAAUUUCCUGGACCCUUCCUUUAGAUCUUAAUGAUUGAUAAUCACUUACUCACCAUGACCCCCCACACCCUUUUUCUCAGGGUUGAAUCACUAUGUGGGGCACUCCCUCCCAUCCAAACAUCACUCCUGCCAUCACACACAGCUUAAAACCUCUCACCCUUACUCUCAGGGUUGAAUCAAAGAGAUAUUUUCUUCUUGCCAAGACUGCUAGCUUCCAGUUCCCACGCACAGCUUUAAACCUCAUUCCCCAAAACCAAAGGGAAUUGGAGGGACUGUUUUUCAUCCCUGCCUCUAGAUUCAAAUUGUAUAAAUGCUUUUUCCCUCUCCCACCAAAGCCACAGAGAUUGUAUUGGUAUAAAGCAAGUUUAUUUCUGCAAA